UUGAGGGUUUUUUUUAAUUAUGAGACACAAAUGCUUCCAUAUAAAUGGGCUUUUUAAUUAAAAAUUCUGACUGUGAUUGUAUAAUAGUGAAACGGUGUGACAUGUCUGCUUUUACUGUUGAGGGCACAAACAGCCUAAUCUAAUCUUUCUAAGGUUUUACUGUUAAUGUUUCUAGAGUUUUGCUUUGUCAUGGUUUACAAAUCUCAACACUCACUGGUAGUUAUUUAUUUGCUGUUCAUAAAAAAAUUUCCUUCCAUUUUUAUUUGACAACCAAAACAAAGAAUUGUGCAUCAUUUGCAAGAAAGUGUUAAAAAAAAACUUUUGUUGCAUUUUUUUAACAAAGAUUAUAAUUACUAACUUAAUGUCAAAAUGUUAUCUAAUCACGUUUUAUUACAAAUUUAGCAUAUUACUUUAACCUUUGUUCAUUCUUCCAUGUUUACAAACCUACAAAUCUGUGGAUUUUUAUGGUACUUAUUAAGACUAGAAAACUGUUUCCUCAGUGAGAGCUGCCACAUGCUCAAGUGUUUCUGCUCAGGUAAUCAUUAAGGGUAAUAAAAAGGGAGGUUAUAUCACCCCAGAGAGAUUUAAAUGACAGUCAGCCUCCCUAAGUUAGGGCCCAGACAGGCAACAUCAAUGAAGCAGGGAGCAGACAUGGAUCCACAGCUCAGCAGGCCCACAUGGAGCAAGCAGAUAGAGUUCACCCUGGCUGGCAUCGGCUGUGCCGUAGGUCUGGGAAACGUUUGGAGAUUCCCUUACCUCUGCUACAGGAGCGGAGGAGGUGCCUUUCUGGUGCCGUACCUGCUCAUGCUGGUGGUGCUGGGGAUCCCUCUGCUCUACAUGGAGCUGACUGUGGGGCAGUACACAAGGAGAGGGCCUGUGCACGCUCUGGCAACCGUUUGCCCUCUGUUCAAAGGAGUGGGCAUAGCAUCCGUGGCCAUCGCCUUCAUCAUGUGCACCUACUAUAACGUCAUCAUCACCUGGGCCCUUUUUUAUCUUUUCCACUCCUUCCAGUCUCCACUGCCGUGGCAGAGCUGCAACAACACCUGGAACACACCGAACUGCUCCGAUCAUGCCACCAACAGCAGCUACACCUCCACAGCGAGCCAGGAGUUCUUCCAAUAUGAGAUGCUUGAGCAAACAAGUGGAGUAGAAGAAACUGGAACACUUCGCUGGCAGCUUUUCCUCAUCCUCCUCCUGGCCUGGAUUCUAAUUUAUUUUUGCAUCUUCAAGGGGGUGAAAUCAACAGGCAAGGUGGUCUACUUCACUGCCCUGUUCCCGUAUGUCAUCCUGAUCGCCCUGCUUAUCAAUAAUGUGCAGCUUCCCGGGGCAUUAGAUGGGAUCAACUUCUUUAUUCUUCCAGAGUGGGACAAGCUGCUCUCUGUGGAUGUGUGGGUGAACGCAGCGGCUCAAAUCUUCAACUCCAUCGGCAUCGGCUUUGGCUCCCUCAUGGCCAUGUCCAGCUAUAACAACUUUAACAACAACGUUUUGAAGGACACACUCACCAUAGCCAUCAUCAAUUCCCUCACCAGCAUCCUGGCGGGGUUUGUCAUUUUCUCUGCCUUUGGAUAUAUGUCUCACCUGCAGGGCAUUCCUGUCAACCAACUGGCUGUGGACGGUCCAGGAUUGGUUUUCGUUGUUUACCCACAAGCCUUUGCCAACAUGCCAGCGCCACAAGUCUGGGCUGUGUUGUUCUUCUUCAUGCUGCUUUGCCUCGGACUUGACAGCGAGUUUGCGAUGGCUGAGGUGAUGGUUACCAGUCUCAUGGAUGAAUACUUCAAACAAGUGAUUGGCAUUUUCAAGCGGAAGGAACUCUUUGUUUUAGCAAUUUGUGCCAUAGCCUUCCUUCUGGGCAUACCCUGUGUCAUGCAGGUAGGAAUCUACGUCUUCCAGCUGAUGGACCAUUACACUGCCAUUGUGUCCAUCAUGUUCCUUGCAUUAUUUGAGAUUAUUGCCAUCUGUUGGCUCUACGGCGUGAAGCGUCUGUCGGCUAACCUCGUUGAGAUGACUGGAAAAGGAGCAAACAUUUUCUUCAGGGUGUGCUGGCUGAUUGUUGCUCCCGUGCUCGUUGCUGUCAUCUUGAUAUUCUCCAUCAUACAGUUUAAACCAGCUCGCUACGAGGACUACGUCUUCCCUCCAUGGGCUCAAGGGGUCGGCUGGGUGAUCGCUCUGGGCUCCAUUAUCUGGAUCCCUUUGGGUAUCAUUCACACGUUGUGGGUGCUCCCUGGCUCCCCCAUGCAGAAACUAAAGCUGUCCAUCACUCCAUACGCCCUGGAUGAGCAAUCCAAAAUGCCAUAUUAUGAGAGGGGGGGGACACAGGUCGUGGAAACCAUAAGUUCAAGCAUGAGGUCAACUGAGAAACCCACUGAGACAAACUUCUGACACUUCACUGUCAAAAUGUCCUUGGUUUAAUCACAACUGUCAAUCAAACAGACCAAAAAUUCAACACAAAUCUAACAAAAGUUUGUUACAAAAAACAUUGAUGAUGAUACAAAGAUAUUACUGUAUAUUUGCAAUACUCAGGAUUUAAAAGGGGGAACCUUCAGGAGUCAGAUCUAGUGAAUUGUGCUGUUUAUGUUUGUAUUUACCAAACUGGCCUAUUUCUCUGGUAGCUUAAAGUAAUCAGAGUAUGCUAUCCUACAAAUGUAUUGAUACUUUAUUUUAAACUAAAGAAUCAAUAUGCAACCACCUAGAGUUUGCAGAGCCACUUACAUUUGGUACCAUCUGUCGUUAUUUCCUAUCAUAGGAAGUGAAGAAAUGUUUGUAUGUCAAUAACCACUGACGGUAAUGUAAUUUAACGGCGAUAACCUCAGAAUUUUCUGCCUGAAUCAAGUUAGGCUCAAUAGCGCCAGCAGAUCUGGGCCUAAAUAACUCAAGUGGUUUAAACAGAAUUCCUUUUGCUUUUGAUUCCUUGGAGGUUCUAAAAACGUUUUGAAAAAAGGAUCACAGCACGAUCCAGCAUUACCAAUCUUGAUACAUAGGUGCAGGAUUAAGCAUUUAGCAAGCUGAAACUGUUGCAUAGUGAUUGACCUAGAAGUGGCGCUGCAGUAUUCUUUUGUUUUUUCUCAACAUUCUUACAAACUGUGUCUAAAACCACAGCCAUAGUAGAUAUGUGAAGUACCGUCUAACAUUGCAAAACCAGUCCUCUUGUGCCAUUAUGUGGUUACAUAUAUAACAUUUUUAAAGUUUUACAUAUGAGUUGUAUCUUUUGUUUAUCGUGUCUUAGAAAUAAAGUCUUUAUGAUUAACUAUUUAUUGAGAUCACGUCAAACGUUUGAUUUGUCAUUUUUUUGUAAAACAGACUUUUGGAUCCCUAUUAAACACACUUUUACCAAUCUUCCCU